AUGAACACCGAAAAGGCUCACACGUUCGACAUCAGGGCGGCUGCGGAGGGAAUUAUUGGCAAUGGGUCUUUUACCACAGACUGGACUGGCUUCCAGUUCCAAGCCAACUCGACAAACGCAGUCAUCAACGAGCUCCGAUUCGCCACAUCCAAGACGGUACGGCAGUCGGCCAUUAUUCUCGCCAGCUUCAACGCAGUGGUAGGAUUGAUCCUGGCUGUGGGAAUUUUCGCAGACUGUUACUGGUCCGCCAAGAGGGCCGAUCCCAAAAUGAGAUUCAGAACAUCCAUGUACAAAAUAAUAGGGCCCAUGAACAUUUUCCCCUUUAUUUUGGCAAUUGGCAUCAUUGUUCAAGGGACCAUUACUGCCGUCGAGCAAAGUAAGGGCAUGUCAGGACUGCUGAUCCUUGGCUGUACGCCCAUCUCACAAGUCAUGCUGCCUACCAUAUUUAUUGUACCAUAUAUUCAGCUUGUCUUUGGCGUGGAGACUGCAGUGCGUGCUUUUCGGCGACGGGCAUUCGACAGUUUUGGCAAGUGGACGAUCUCCGUCUGCGUCGCCCUGGUCGUUGUCUCUCUGGCUGCCACGUAUGCAGUCACUCGCGUGGUGCAGCCGCCCAACUUUUGCUUCGCCUCCCUGUUUUGGUUUGUGCAAAAGUAUCGCGUUGCGUGCUUCGGCCUCUUCAUCUCCAUAUCCGGUAGUCUGUUGCUGGGCAGCAUCAUCACGUUCGCACGACUAUAUCGAGGCACUUCAGGCGGUGCUAUUGAGAGAAUUGCGGCCUCACGCAUGGUCUACUACAUGUGUAUUGGCGCGAUCACAAAUAGCGUCGCGAUCCCAUUCUUUGCCAGUCUGACUCUCCGUGACGACAUGGAGGUCUCACAGCUGCGUGGCCAGCUCGAGAUGGCCGCCAUGGUGGCUACAAACCUGACGGCCCUGACAAAUGGCGGCCUCUACGUCUUCUUGCGUACCUGUCACAGCAGCAACAUUGGCCGCAAGGGCUAUUUUGAGAUGGACCGUGAGAAGAAACAGAAACAGCAGGAGCAGACAAGGAAGCGACAGAUGCGCAAGUCGCCCAUGACGGAGACGUACACAAACCAGAUCGAACAGCCCGUCUCGCCUCCGCCCCGCGUAUAUCAGCCAUAUUCACCUGCAGACACAAACCGCGAGAGCAUGAUUGCGGAGAGCCAAAUUGGUCUCGCACAGACAAUGAGCGGGACAGGAGCGCAAAGCGUUACAGGCUCACCGCGAAAGGUUCACACUCGCAAGGCGUCGUAUAGUGUGUUCCCACAGCAGCAGCCGCAGCAGACUCCCGCGCUGAACCCCAAGCCUCUGUCGGUUUUGCCCGCCGCUACAUACACUCCGCCAACUCUGGCUCGCGGCGACAGCGCCGAGGUAAAUGACGAGGACAUUGAAGCCAUGGAGUAUGACAUUAUGAGACGAGACAUAUCGAGCCUGCUGCCGCCACCAGUGCUUAUGCCUGGUUUCGUACCGAGCCACCAGCGAGACUCCUCCAUGGCCUCCUCGGCGACGGUGCAGAUUGGUCUGCGACUGUCCAACGUCAACGACAUGCCCACCCGCGGCGUCGCAGGCACAUCGUACCUGCAGGAGCGCGCCCCCACGCCCCGACCCACGUCGUCUAUCUAUCCCAAAUCCAUCAUUGCCCCGCUCGCCGCGGGUGCUAAUGGACUGGCGGCGGCGGCAGCGGCACUGCAGGACGUCGACUCAUCCCCGCGCCGCACCUCAGUGAGAGUUGGCAGCAGCGUCUGGGUCGACCCCGCCAAGCAGCUGCCGCCAGCACCGCUGCAGCCGGCCAAAGCCAAAAAGGAACGUAAGGCGGCCAAGGGGCGUGAAAGCCAGAUGCUCCUCAGCCCCAUGGUGUACAGCCCCGAAGGCCCGGGCAACAGCACGACCAUGCCGAGUCCGUCAGACAAGGAUCCGCGGAUGUCGCCGUUGGACGAGACUGGAUCGGCAACGAAAAAGCGACCCUCGGAAUGGAUUUAG